AUUCUAAGUACAAUAAUUUACAAAAUCACUCCUCAACUUACACAUAACUCCAAAGUACCACUUUGCCAUUUUUCAAAUUUAUCAAACACCUUAUAUUAUCCGACUACGUACGUACUCACUCGCAUAUUCGAUCAAUUUCUUUCAAAGAUGGCGAUCGACCUCUACUCUGAAAAUUCCAAUACUCGCAAUAACAUAACAAUGAGUCCUCGCAUUUCAUUCUCUCAUGAUCUCUCUCAAUCCGACACAAUACCCGUUGAACAACUUCUUCGUACACUUUCAUCAUCCUCUUCAAAUAUCGACUUCAAUUUUUGUGUCCAACAAAAUAUUGAUCAUCAUCAACAUGCCGACGAGCUCUUCUCGAAUGGCAAAAUUGUUCCAACGAAUGUCAAACAACAAAAACGGGCUAGUCAAAUUCCACUACCACCACAAGUGAAUCAAAAUCCACCUCAUGAGGAACAACAUAAUUCGUCAAAGUCGUUUUGGGGUUUCAAAAGAAGUAGUAGUUGUGGUAAUGGCUAUGCAGGAAGUUUAUGUCCAAUACCAUUAUUAUCUCGUAGCAAUUCGACAGGAUCAUCUACUAGCACUAGCACGAAAAGAUCAUCAUCAAGCUCUAAAGAAGGUUUUACUCAAAAACAUCAUCAUAAUCAUUCUAAUUAUCAGAAACCUCCAUUAAUAAGGAAAUCAAGUUAUAGUUACGGGAAUAAUGGUAAUACUAGUAACGGAGUUAGGGUCAACCCGGUUUUAAAUUUGGGAUUCGGGUCGCUCUUCUCUAGUAGCAAGAAGAAGUGAAAGUGAUUUAGUCAUUAAUUAUGUUAAUUACUUGUGUUUUCUCUUGUGAAAAUAUAAUUUAAUUUGUGUGUUCGUCUAAUAAGAAUCAACGAUUUUAGAUUAAACAUAACGUGGUUUUAGAAAGACCACGUUAUGUUUUAAUCGUUUUAUCAGAAAACAAAGUAUUAUAUAUGGUUUGAAAGAUUUAUUGUAGGUGAUCUAGAUUUAAGUUUUUGUGAACUUCAAAGAUUUUAAGCUUUUGGAUUAAUGAUGUGAUUAGUUGUAGAUUAAUCUUGGAUUAGGUAUGAGUUUUGUAUACAAUAUUAGAGUUGAUGGGAGAGAAAAGACAGCAAAUGUGGGGAUGUAUUAGGCUUUCUUUUUCAUGAAAUUGGAGUGUAUCAUACCACAUGCAUAUGGGGUCUUGUUGAUUGGAAAAGGUAAUGUUUGCUAUCAUGGGGUUGUUUUUGUUUAGGUGUCAUUUGGAUGUAUAUGUUCCAUAUUGUGUAAUAUGGUUCGAAUUUGAUUCCGUUUGCUUUGAUUCUAAUAAGUUUGUUUUCUAUUUUUUCGAUGACGAUGUAGUAGUUUGUUUUAUCAAGUAAAUUCUAUUUUGAUUA